AUAUAUAUUUAUAAUCACUUGAACAUAAUUUAAUAAACAUCUGUAGACUAAUUUAUCUUAUGCAUUUGAAAUAUUGUAGAUAUCCAAUGGCAAAUAAUUCAAACAACUUCUCUGUACGAUCAGUCCUUGAGAAGGACAAGCUGACAGGAACCAACUUCCUUGACUGGCAAAGGAAUUUGAGGAUUGUCCUCAAACAAGAGCGCAAGCUCUAUGUCAUAGAUAUUCCUCGCCCUACACCUCUCGCUGAAGGAUCAACCCGUGCUCAGCAUACUGCUUAUCAGAAGCAUAUCGAUGAUGACACGGAUGUUCAAUGUCUCAUGUUAGCGACCAUGAGUGCUGAACUUCAGAAACAACAUGAGAAUAUGGAUUCUUAUGAUAUGAUUGAGCACCUUAAGCGUAUGUUUGAGGGACAGGCUCGUCAGGAGAGGUUUGAUACUUUCAAAUCUUUGAAUGCUUGUAAGCAGGGUGAACGUGAUCCGGUAGGACCGCAUGUUCUGAAGAUGAUAGGGUAUAUUGAUUAUCUUGAAAAAUUGGGUGCCCCGAUUGGUCCUGAGCACCAAAUUGAUCUGAUCUUGCAAUCUCUAAACAAUAACUAUUCUCAGUUUGUAAUGAAUUACAAUAUGAAUGAGAUAAACAAGAACCCCGCCGAAUUGUUGGCAAUGUUGAAAACUGCUGAAACCAACAUUCAGAAGGCGUCCCCUACUCCCAUAUUGAUGGUGAAUAAGGGGAAGGCCAAAGGAAAGGGUAAAUGGAAAGGCAAGAAGAAGAUGGGAUCUAAUUCUAAUGCCAAUCCGAAACCUGGUCCAACUAAGGCCUUGAAGCCGAAAGGUGGUGUUCAGAAGGAGGGUGAUUGUCAUUAUUGCAAGAAACCAGGUCAUUGGAAGAGGAACUGUCAUGCUUAUUUGGAGGAUCUGAAGAAGAAGAAGGCUGCUGCCGCUUCUGAUUCAGGUCUUGCUCGACUUGCUAGUGUUGUUGGUGAACCAAUUGGAGCAGAUGCGCAAACUUCAAAGUUAGAAUUGUUGCCUUUUGCUAAAAUGCAAGUGAAAUAUCGAUUAGGCGAUCCUCUGCCUAAUGACUUUCAGGUUGUGGUUCUUGAUCCUGUGACUGAGGUUCAUUCUUUGGCUAAAGUAACAGUUACAUAUCCUUCUCGACCUUUAUCAUGUUCUGGAUGUAAGUCCUUGGGUCACUCUAUUUCGGCCUGUCCUAGUACUACUCGUAUUUGGAAAGUGAAGGAAAAGUCUGUGGAAAAUGUUGAACCCAGUGCUCCUUCUGGACCUGUGCUCUCUAGCUCAGUACCUUCAAUUCCUGAGGCUGCAGCCCCUAGUGUUCUUCCGUCUGGUUCUGAAGAUGGUUGGACAGAUGUUAAGAGAAAGAAACCUGGGAAUCUUUCUGAUUUUGAAGCCUCUCCAUCUCCUCCAGUCACUUUUAAGAAUCUUAAAGUUGUUGAUGAAAUUGCGGCUAAACAUCGACCUUCUAUCUCUGGUAAUGUAGUUGACUCUAAGAGCAGCCCGAAGAGACUCACUAAAUCGCAGAAGAAGAAGCUUAAAGCUUCUUUGGGGGCUUCUUCCCCUUCUCUAUCUUAA